AGUUCCAGACACCAACCCUCGACCUAGUUCUGCCGGUGGACAGAUCUCAACGAUCAUACUCGCUCUGACAGGACAGACCAACCGAGCACUUGUCGCGGGAGGACACGAAAGCAGACGGCCUGGCCACCAAGGGAGGCAGGCACCUCCGUGCGACGCCCCCUCCCCUCCCGCCGGCCGCAGGGAACCCGACGGUCCUCGGCCGCCUGCGUUUCGCGAAGACGCCCCCGCCCGGCUCCUCCGGGCCUCGAGCCGCUGGACCCUCCGCUCUUUCGCCUCCCGGGCGGGCCCUGCUCCUCCAGGUCGGGACGACGUGGAGGCGGCGCCGGAGGACACCCGCGCGCUCUACCGGGAGUACCGCGCUCUGAAGCGGACCACGGGCCAGGCCGGCGGCGGGCCCCGCAGCUCCGAGUCGCUCCCCGCGGCGGCCGAAGAGGCGCCAGAAUCCCACUGCUGGGGGCCCCAUCUCAAUCGGGCUGCGACCCAGAGUCCACAACCUACGCCAGGGCGGAGCUGCCACGGCUCGGUGCCAGACUACGGGCAGCGGCUCAAGGCCAAUCUGAAAGGCAACCUGCAGGCCGGACCAGCCCUGGGCCGCAGACCCUGGCCUCUAGGAAGAUCCUCAUCCAAGACGCCCACCCCAAAGCCCCCAGGUACAGGGCCUGUUCCCUCCUUUGCAGAAAAAGCCAGUGAUGAGCCUCCACAUCCCCCCGAGCCCCAGCCAAGGCCAGGCCGGCUCCAGCAUCUGCAGGCAUCCCUGAGCCAGCGGCUGGGCUCCCUAGAUCCUGGCUGGUUACAGCGAUGUCACAGUGAGGUCCCAGAUUUUCUGGGGGCCCCCAAAGCCUGCAGGCCUGAUCUAGGCUCAGAGGAAUCACAACUUCUGACCCCUGGUGAGUCAGCUGUCCUUGGUCCUGGUGGUGGCUCCCAGGGCCCAGAGAUUUCAGCCUUCCAAGAAGUCAGCAUCGGUGCAGGGAGACCCCAGCCCAGCAGCAGUCGAGGCGAGAAGCGGAGACGGAACGAGGAGCCUUGGGGGAGCCCCGCACAGGUCCAGCAGGAGAGCAGCCACGCUGGAUCCCCAUCGGAGGGGGCUGGGGCUGUAGCACUUGAGGAAGAUCCUCCAGGGGAACCUGUACAGGCACAGCCACCUCAGCCCUGCAGCAGCCCGUCAACCCCUAGGUACCACAGACUCAGCCCCUCCAGUCAAGCUAGGGCUGGGAAGGCUGAGGGCACAGCCCACCUGCACAUCUUCCCUAGGCUGGCCCGCCAUGACAGGGGCAAUUACGUACGGCUCAACAUGAAGCAGAAACACUACGUGCGGGGCCGGGCACUUCGUGGCAGGCUCCUCCGCAAGCAGGCAUGGAAGCAGAAGUGGCGGAAGAAAGGGGAGUGUUUUGGGGGUGGUGGUGCCACAGUCGCAAUCAAGGAGUCUUGUUUCCUGAAUGAGCAGUCCGAUCACCGGGCAGCCCAGUGUCCCCAGCCAGCAAGUGAGGAAGACACACACCCUGUUGGGCCUGAGCUACUGGUUCCUGCACCACAACCUGUACCUGAGGUGCCCAGCCUGGACCCCGCUGUGCUGCCACUUUACUCCCUGGGGCCCUCAGGGCAGCUGGCAGAGACACCGGCUGAGGUGUUCCAGGCCCUGGAGCAGCUGGGGCACCAAGCCUUCCGCCCUGGGCAGGAACGUGCAGUCAUGCGGAUCCUGUCUGGCAUCUCCACGCUGCUGGUGCUGCCUACAGGUGCCGGCAAGUCCCUGUGCUACCAGCUCCCGGCGCUGCUCUACACCCGGCGCAGCCCCUGCCUGACGUUGGUCGUCUCUCCCCUGCUGUCACUCAUGGACGACCAGGUGUCUGGCUUGCCACCGUGUCUCAAGGCGGCCUGCAUACACUCGGGCAUGACCAGGAAGCAACGGGAAUCUGUCCUGCAGAAGGUUCGGGCUGCCCAGGUACAUGUGCUGAUGCUGACACCUGAGGCGCUGGUGGGAGCAGGAGGCCUCCCUCCAGCUGCACAGCUGCCUCCAGUUGCUUUUGCCUGCAUUGAUGAGGCCCACUGCCUCUCCCAGUGGUCCCACAACUUCCGGCCCUGCUACCUGCGCGUCUGCAAGGUGCUUCGGGAGCGCAUGGGUGUGCACUGCUUCCUGGGUCUCACAGCCACAGCCACACACCGCACUGCCAGUGACGUGGCACAACACCUGGCUGUGGCUGAAGAGCCUGGCCUCCACAGGCCAGCCCCAGUUCCCGCGAACCUGCACCUUUCCGUGUCCAUGGACAGGGACACAGACCAGGCACUGUUGACGCUGCUGCGAGGCGAACGUUUUCGAAACCUGGAUUCCAUUAUCAUUUACUGCAACCGGCGCGAGGACACAGAGCGGAUUGCUGCGCUCCUCCGAACCUGCCUGCACACAGCCCGGGUCCCAGGGUCUGGAGGUACGGCGUGGACAGGGCUGGUGUCCCCAUGGACCCACCUUGGGCACCCAUGGCCCCAUCCCACUGACCACCUGCCUGUCUUCCCCAAAGGUCGUGCCCCCAAAACCACGGCUGAGGCCUACCACGCAGGCAUGUGCAGCCAGGAACGGCGGCGGGUACAGCGGGCCUUCAUGCAGGGCCAGUUGCGGGUGGUGGUGGCCACGGUGGCCUUCGGGAUGGGGCUGGACCGGCCAGAUGUGCGGGCUGUGCUGCAUCUGGGGCUGCCGCCAAGCUUCGAGAGCUACGUGCAGGCCGUGGGCCGGGCCGGGCGUGACGGGCAGCCUGCCCACUGCCACCUCUUCCUACAGCCCCAGGGUGAAGACCUGCGAGAGCUGCGCAGACACGUGCACGCCGACAGCACGGACUUCCUGGCUGUGAAGAGGCUGGUACAGUGCGUGUUCCCAGCCUGCACGUGCACCAGGCCGCCCCUGGAGCAGGAAGGGGCCGUGGGUGGGGAGAGGCCUGUGCCCAAGUACCCCGCUGAAGAGGCUGAGCAGCUUGGUGGCCACCAAGCAACCCCAGGACCUAGAAGGGCCUGCAUGGGCCAUGAGCGGGCACUCCCAAUACAGCUUACCGUACAGGCUCUGGACAUGCCGGAGGAGGGUGAGGAACCUGGGGUAAGCCACAGGGGUGGGGAUGGGCCAUCCUCGCAUCUCCUGAGCCCUGCUCUGCCCCCAGCCAUCGAGACUUUGCUAUGCUACCUGGAGCUGCACCCACACCACUGGCUGGAGCUGAUGGCGACCACCUAUACCCAUUGCCGUCUGAACUGCCCUGGGGGCCCGGCCCAGCUCCAGGCCCUAGCCCACAGGUGUCCCCCUUUGGCUGUGUGCUUGGCCCAGCAGCUGCCUGAGGACCCAGAGCAAGGCAGCAGCUCCGUGGAGUUUGACAUGGUCAAGCUGGUGGACACCAUGGGUUGGGAGCUGGCCUCUGUGCGGCGGGCUCUCUGCCAGCUGCAGUGGGACCACGAGCCCAGGACAGGUGUGCAACGUGGGACAGGGGUGCUUGUGGAGUUCAGUGGGCUGGCCUUCCACCUUCGCAGUCCAGGAGACCUGACCGCUGAGGAAAAGGACCAGAUCUGUGACUUCCUCUAUGGCCGUGUGCAGGCCCGGGAGCACCAGGCCCUGGCCCGUCUGCGGAGAACCUUCCAGGCCUUUCGCAGCGUAGCCUUCCCCAGCUGCGGGCCCUGCCUGGAGCAGCAGGAUGAGGAGCGCAGCACCAGGCUCAAGGACCUGCUGGGCCGCUACUUUGAGGAAGAGGAAGCACAGGGGCCAGGAGGCAUGGAGGACGCACAGGGCCCCGAGCCAGGGCAGGCCAGACUCCAGGAUUGGGAAGACCAGGUCCGCUGCGACAUCCGCCAGUUCCUGUCCCUGAGGCCAGAGGAGAAGUUCUCGGGCAGGGCUGUGGCCCGCAUCUUCCACGGCAUCGGUGAGGCCUGGGAGGCCCCACCCGCUGCAGGCUGGGGCUGGGGGCUGGGGCAGGUGAGGCCUGGGAGGCUCCACCCACUGCAGGCUGGGUCUGGGGCUCACGGCUGUGUCUUGGCGGCUGUGUCUUGGCUCCACCGUAGGAAGCCCCUGCUACCCGGCCCAGGUGUACGGGCAGGACCGGCGCUUCUGGAGAAAAUACCUGCACCUGAGCUUCCACGCCCUGGUGGGCCUGGCCACGGAAGAGCUCCUGCGGGUGGCCCGCUGACUGCACUGCGUUGGGGGAUGUCGGGUAGAGCUGGGGUUGUCAGAGGCUAGGGCAGUGACUGAGGACCUGGGCAAAACCUGCCACAGGGUGUGGGGACGAGGAGGCUUCAAAAUGCAGAAUAAAAAGUGCUCACUUUGU